CUUUACCACUGUCAGACUAGCUGCGAAUCGAUCUCAGUCGCUAAUCUGAGACUAUCUAAUCACCAGUCCUACACUAUCACCAUCAGUUGAAGUAUGCCCACUUUCAAAGCAAAUGACAGAGUGGAACUCCAUUACGCCACACAUGGCUCUAGUGGCAGUCCCCCGUUGAUUCUGCUCCACGGCUUCACAGGCUCUGGGCAGGUGUUCCAAAAAAACGUGUCUGCCCUUGCAGAGAAACACCAUGUUAUCGUUCCUGACCUGCGUGGGCACGGCGAGUCUGAGAAGCCACGCGGCGGGUACCACGUUGCACGACUGGCAGUAGACUUGAGAAACUUGAUCGAGCAUUUACAACUACCCGAGGGUCAAAUAUCAGCUAUUGGCACAAGUUUGGGAGCAGCCAUCAUCUGGUCCUACUGUGAACUAUUUAGCUCACGGACGUUCUCACGUGUCGUAUAUGUCGACCAAGCGCCUUUGCAAAACUACGUGUCAGACUGGGGGGCAGAGUAUGGCAAUCGAGGACUCAACAACCCACAGGCCCUCGAAGGGCUGCAAGACAUGCUAGGCAGCGACCCAAAGGCUGCUCACCUAGGCACGAUCGCGGCUUGUCUAGGCUACAGAGCAUAUCCUCAGCCUGGUGAUCCUACGUCAGACUCGAAAGAGUGGCAGGACGACGAAGCGUUCUUCCUGGCCGAGGCCCUGAAAGGCGACGGCUGGUGGUACGGCAAGCUCAUGGCUGACCACACAGCACUGGACUGGCGGGAUGCGAUCCAACACAGCUUUGGGCCCGAGAGUGGCAGCACGACGAAGACUCUGGUUGUUGCGAGCACGAGAAGUGGGUGUUUCCCGGCUGCUGGGCCGCUGAAGGUGGUGGAGCUGGCGAACGGAGGCACAGGCGCGGGACUGGCAAAGGGCGUCGCGGUGGAGUGGGGUGGGCACUGGUGCUACUGGGAGAAGCCUGAGAAGUUCAACGAAAUGGUUCUCAGCUUCUUGUCGGAGUAAUACCACCACGUUUUGCGGUGUUCGUACCAGCGUCAACUGUGGUGCUCGUGACGCAGUUGAUAUUGAUAAAAACGAGCCGAAACCAGGGCACGAAAAUUGAAGGAACAUCAAUAACGACGACCCUUUUAUAACGAUAUUACCUUAUAACGACAAUCUAAAAUUAGGAUCUAAAGAGAC